GAUCUCUCACGUCCGAAUCCGAAACUUCGAAGAGUGUGUUUGCUUUGCCCCACUGUUUCUGCAAUUCUCUGCUACUUACUAAAUUUUGUUUGUCACCUAUUUUUUUUUUUUUUUUUUGUUGCAAAUUUCGUGCGUAGUGAAUGGCAUCGUUACUUAUUAUUUCAAUGGCAACAAAAUUUUAGUCAUGAGUAACUAAGUACUUAACUUAUUUAGCAACCAGCAAAUGAUAAAUGUUGUGUUUAAUUGUCAAUUUGAUGAAAUACGUGGUCGGUUGAUUUGGUGUAUAAUGCUUUUCCCUACUCCAAGAAGAAGUUAACUAUACUCCAUGAAGACAUGUGACUAUGCUACACAACAGUGCCACACAGAGAGAGAUGGAGUGAGAGAGGGAAGUGAGUUGUGAGCUAGCAAAUGCUACUCAACAACUGGCCUGGCAAUUGUUGGAUCAGUGUCAGUUGAGCCACUGUCUCACAAAGUUAAAAAAUUCAUCUUUCUGGAGAGUAUUCAGCUGAAAAAACGUUAUCGAUGAAAACUUCUACCUCGAUACAGCAUAAAUUACCUUGAGUUUCAAAUUGUGUUUAUUAGAAUUUCAAACAAAAUCGUGUCAAGUGAUAAAAAAAAAAAAAAAAUACUUGCAGUUAAAUUUAUCCAUCUAAAGAAAGAUAAGAAAAUAAAAAGACAAGGUUGUUUUUUUGUGAUUCAAUACCUUGUGACUGAUAAGCAACACACCAUCUUAAGGAAUGGAGUCUGGAAUAAAAGAGCCGCACUUCAGUAUUUCUAUUUGUGAAAAUGACAUAAUAAACGGUGCUAUGGAAAUUGUAAAACUCUUGAGACCUAUGUGGCCUUCUGACCAGCUAUUACAUAAGAUCUUUACCAAUGGAAUAUCAAAUAAAUUGGUAGGAAUUUGGUGUGGAGAUAAGUAUAAUGAAAUGGUGCUAGUCAGAGUUUAUGGGCACAAAACUGAUCUUCUUAUUGAUAGGAAGCAGGAAAUUAGGAAUAUAAGGGCACUACACAAGGCCGGUCAUACGCAUUCCAUUUAUGCUACGUUUGACAAUGGACUUGCUUACGAGUUCAUCGAAGGCGAUACGCUUACUGUUGACACAGUUAGGAAGCCAGAAAUUUAUAAACUUGUAGCUCAGCGUAUGGCUGAAAUGCAUUUGCUUCAGUCAAGUACCGAUCAAAAUCAAAGCGAGCCAAUAAUAUGGCGAAAAACCGAAAAGUUCAUGCAGUUGAUGCCAAAAAGUUUCGACGAUCCAGAAAAACGAAAAAAAUUCGAAAAGUUGAUAAAACCUCAUUCCUCGUUGCUACACGAGUAUCAAACUCUCAAGGAAAAUCUUUCGAGGAUGGAUUCUCCUGUUGUCUUUUGUCACAACGACUUGCUCCUGACGAAUAUACUUUACAACCAAAAAGAGAACAAAGUAACAUUUAUAGAUUUCGAAUAUGCGGCCUACAACAAUCAAGCCUUUGACAUAGCAAAUCAUUUUGCUGAAUUCGCUGGAGUGGAUAAUCCUGAUUUUUCUCUGUAUCCCGACGAAGAGUUGCAAAAAUCGUGGCUCAAGAUUUAUUUGCGGACUUACAAAAAUAUCGAGGACGUGUCCGAAGAUGAAAUUGCGAAGUUGUACAAGCAAGUUAAACAAUUUGUACUAAUGACGCAUUUCUUCUGGGGCUGCUGGAGUCUCAUACAGAGUCAAUAUUCACAUAUCGACUUUGACUUUUUAGAGUAUGCAGCUCUUCGAUUUAACGAGUACUUCAGGAGGAAAUGUCACGCAAGCGAAAACGGCAUCAGGAAUAUUUAAAGAUUUUACCGAGAACAGUCAAAAAAAAGAGUGAAAUCGAGAUGAUUGCCAAAGAUCUAUUGUAUUGACAAUAGACAAUAAACAAUUUUUGUUGGAAAUACGUUGAUCGUACUGGCGUGCAAUACGUGGAAACCAAGAAAUUAUUUUAUUAUUUUUAAAAAUAUUUGUACAUAUGAAAAAAAAAAAAAAAAUUGUGAUAGCUG